GAUAAAUUUUUACUGAGAGUCGUAUAGGAAUCUAUAAUCUAGUACUUUCGAAAAUACGCCGAGAGUAUUCCUGAUGGUGAAACGAGCGUUGCUUCAUCGAACGCAGCUAAAGAAAACAACAUCUAUGUAGUUGGUGGUACGAUGCCUGAAAUAGAGGGCGCUAAAUUGUACAAUACCUGUACUAUUUGGGGUCCCGAUGGAACUUUGAUAGCAAAACACCGAAAGGUACAUCUAUUCGACAUCGACAUUCCUAAUAAGAUUACUUUUCGAGAGAGUGAUUCACUCAGUCCUGGUAACUCCCUAACGACGUUCGACGUGAAGGGCUGCAAAAUAGGUAUUGGCAUUUGCUAUGAUAUUAGAUUCGAGGAAAUGGCACGCAUUUAUCGUAACAAAGGUUGCCAAAUGCUGAUAUAUCCAGCGGCAUUCAAUAUGACCACUGGACCACUGCACUGGUCAUUACUUCAGCGUUCCAGAGCGAAUGAUAAUCACUUAUACGUUGCCUGCAUAUCACCGGCUCGUGUUCCUUCAGCAAGUUACGUCGCAUGGGGGCAUACACAGUUGACCAAUCCCUGGGGAAAGAUUCUUUACGAUUUGGAAACUCAAGAGAAUAUGGCAGUCACCGAUAUAAAAAAAAAAAAAAAAAAAAAAAAAAAAAAAUAUGAGGCAUACUAUAUAAGAUUGUCAUCGAUUUAAAAUCAAAGUAUGAAAAGGAUACCCUGGAGAGAGUAAAACACAGAAUCAUUCCAACUAAACAUUCAGAUCGUACCGACACCUAGGUAUCGUCUUACAAUUAAAUCUCGGUCUCGAAUGGAUUAAAAUGAAAUACAUACUUGCAGCUUCAACAUCUUCAAUAUCGAGGAGAUUCAAACUUUACAAAUAAAUGUAAAUUGCGAUGUAAAACAAAGCGAUGUAAAAAGGGAAAAAGGAGGAAAGAAGGAACAGGGAAGCAAAGAGAAGAAACGAAUUUUUCAUUUUCUCGAAACUGGAUCAAGUUUCAGGAAGACCAUCCAAGUAAUUGAUGUCCUCUGUAAUUAUUUGUUAAUCAUGCGCGGAAUCAGAACGAUUCGACCUCGUUCCAAAGCAAAUCGUUACUAGAGUAGAGACGGGAAUUAAUAAUUCGUGUCAAUUGUUCGAUCGUGUUCACAAAUUCAAAUGCGGUUGAGUGGCGGAAACCAUUUAUAACACGUCCCAUACAGCGUAGAUCGCAUACACGUCUUAGGAUGUAUUUUUGGUACUUAUAUAUACUCUAUAUAUAUAUUCUUACUCUAUAUAUACUUAUAUGUACUCUAUAUAUAUUCUCUAUCUUAGAUAUACCAUAAAAUAUUUCGUGAAAUCGCGUAUUCGUGUCUAAUGUCAGGGAUUCUCUUUCCACAAGUCUGCGUUUUCUAUAUUAUCUUUCUUCCUUAUCAGUAGGCAUUCUCACAAUUUGUGAUUAAUACUGCUCGUACAGGAAUAUUAGGUUUUUGACGUUGUAAAAUUUCACGUGAAAUAAUAAUGCCUAUAUAUUGA